AUGAAUUGCCCUAGUCGUACUGAGCCUGAAUUGCCCGAUGGCUUCAAUCAGAGUCCGAACGACCUGAAUGCCGAUUCCACCACAAGGAGUGAUCUCGAAAACCUGGCUUCCGUUCGACUCCAAUCCGAUCACAAACUUCGAGAUAAGAAUGGCCUGAACAUUGAACUUGCGCAAGUCGCAGGAGCCACCGACGGCGACUCAAUCCGGAGACGAAUUGCAACAAGCGAUGGAAGUAAUGCCAUCGCUCACCCUGGGUUUGGAGAGAAAAUGCUUCGAGAAAUAAUCGGCGCCACCAGCGACGACAGUUCUAGCUCUCCAAACCCAAACCCGCUGCCUCGCUGGCAGCGGCCCUUUCAAGAAGUUCGACGUGUUGGAGUCAAAUUCGCCAAGUUCAUUGGUCCUGGAUUCAUGAUUGCGGUUGCUUACAUCGACCCUGGUAACUACGCCACAGAUGCCGCAGCGGGAGCAUCGUAUCGAUUCAGACUGCUGUUCAUGGUCCUGCUCUCCAACAUAUUCGCCAUCUUCUUGCAAGCGCUCUCCAUCAAGGUCAGUACCAUCACGGGCUUGAACCUAGCGGAGAUGAACAAGAAACACUGCCCACCAUGGCUCARCUACAUCCUCUACUUCUUCGGAGAGGCCGCAGUGAUAGCGACCGAUAUCGCAGAAGUCAUUGGAUUCGCGAUUGCACUCAAUUUGCUGGCCCCAAAGUUACCCAUCGUGGCUGGCUGCGCAAUCUCAAUCUUGGAUGUAAUGUUCAUCCUGAUCUUCUACCGACCGGAAGGCUCUAUGAAAGCACUACGGGUCUUUGAGUGCUUUGUGAUGCUCCUGGUUAUGGGUGUCGCAGUGUGCUUCUGCUACCAACUUUCCCUGAUCGAGGGAACCACAGCAGGCGAAGUGUUCAAAGGCUACCUUCCAUCCAAAGCGCUGAUCGAAAGUAAAGGAUUGUACCAGGCUUGUGGUAUCCUCGGAGCUACUGUCAUGCCCCACUCUCUAUAUCUAGGCAGCGGUCUCAACCAACCUAGACUCAAGCAAUUUGACAUUCGCCACAACAACUACACAGAAGCCCGAUCGGACGAUGAGGAUGAGUACGUGGUUGAAAAGUAUCGCCCGUCUCUUUCUGCAAUCAACAGCUGCAUGAAAUACUCGAUUGUGGAGCUAUCACUCUCACUCUUCACUUUUGCCUUGUUCAUCAACAGUGCGAUCCUUAUCGUCUGUGGUGCUUCACUCUACUCUGUAAACGGCGCCGAGGAUGCCGACCUCUUUGGAAUCUACGACCUGCUCAACACCCAGCUUGGUCAUGCGGCAGCAACAGUCUUUGCUGUUGCGUUGCUCCUCUCGGGAUGCUCAGCGGGCAUUGUCUGCACAAUGGCGGGACAAAUGAUCAGCGAGGGUCAGAUCAACUGGAAACUCAAGCCAUGGGCCACUCGCUUGCUCACGCGAUCCAUUUCUAUUGUUCCAGCAAUCCUGGUGGCAGGCACGAUCGGGAAGAGGGGAUUGUCAGAGGCCUUGGUCGGAUCCCAGGUCGCGUUGAGCGUCAUCUUGCCAUUCGUGACGGCUCCGCUGAUUUACUACACUUGCCGCAACAAGUACAUGACGGUGAUCACAACAAGCAGCGAUGCGGGUGAGACGGGAACACCUGUCAAGAUGAGGAAUCAUUGGAUCAUAGCUACGCUGGCGAUCCUGAUCUGGGGCAUCAUUGUGAUUAUGAAUGUGGCCAACAUCAUUUUGACUGGACUGGGUGUCAAUUGA